AUUCAUCCUAUUAUCCUUUUUAUCCACAUUUAAUUUUACAAGGACCAUUAGCAGUAUUUAGGUCUAUCGUGCUUAUAUAGCAAUGUCCUCGGCCAUCCCAACCAACUGGCGUGGCACAUUUUCUAAUGUGCCUCCAUUAACAAAAACAUUAGCAACUGCUAUGACAGUUAUGGCUGCUCUCGACUUCGCCCUUCGAUUUCGUGACCUCGCAAUCUCAGGACAUAUUACAGAGGGGACAGAAGCAUCUACCUAUGUUGACUCGGAAGCGACUUUUAUACCUCUUGUAGCGCUAGUGCCAAUAUCAGCUCCAUAUCGGUUUUGGACCUUCGCGACAGCAUCAUUUUUUGAAAGAAGCAUUAUUCAGUAUGCAAUAAGCGUCGCAAUUGUACUUGGAAGUGGCAAAUACUUGGAACGAGCAUGGGGUUCACGCGAACUGCUAAAGUUUUUGAGCAUUACAAGCAUUGGCACUAUGCUUGGAGUAUACUUCACAUGUCUAUUUGAAUUUGUUAUCCAGGGCAGCGAUGAAAUACUGUACGACACUCAGGCAUAUGGAUUAACAGGUGUUUUGGCGGGAUUCUUAACUGCAUUCAAGCAACUUGUUCCAGAACAUGCUGUCACUCUUUGGGGUAUACUUUCUAUUCGUGUGAAGACACUACCAAUUCUGCUCAUACUCUUUAUGGUCAUGGAAGGGUUUAUCUCACGUAGUCAUCUGCAGCUAUUGAUGGCCACCUUUGGCUUGUUUAUUGCAUGGAUAUAUUGCCGUUUCUUCAGAAUACAAGAUGGCAUUCGUGGUGACAGAAGCGAAUCAUUUUCUUUUGCAUCAUUUUUCCCCGAAAUAAUGCAACCUCCUGUUAAGGUGCUCUCAGACGCGUGCUUUGGAAUUCUAGCCAAGCUUCAUAUUUGUUCAUCAAAUGGUUACGGAGGAAGUUUCCAUUAUGACUUGGAGAAUCCUCAAAUGUCAGGGAUGGGACAUACAUUCACACAACCAGGAAGUCUUCGCGCAGAAGCUGAGCGUCGAAGAGCAUUGGCAUUGAAGGCGCUGGAUAUGAGGCUACAUGCGGCGGCAGCUGCAGCGAACAGUCCGCCUUUCUCUGGAUCAGCAAGGUCUGGAAGCGCUUCAUCUACGGCACCGAUAUCAUUACUUUCUCUAUCCGCGGGACCCUUACCUACAGGCGCGGAUGAUGAUGACGAUGAUGAAGUGCUGUUCAAGUCCACGGUAAUAGAUAUGGACGAGUCCACAACAACAUCUCUGCCGCUGUCUGGAACAGGACACUCCAAUAAUGUUGCGAGCACGAAUGAAGUGAGGAAUGAGAAGGAGAAGGCUUGAACAUUAAGUUUGGGUGCUUUAGAUUAGAACUUUUUUUAUAUAUAUCACCUUGCGAUUAUGAACAUGAACAUUGAAUAUAAUACAGCAC